CUUCAGCCAAUAAACUGACAACUUAAUUAAGAAUUAACCAAAAACACAGGAUUUUAACUAGUUAAUAUCAACUAUAUUAAUGUUUGGUUCUUUGUUCGUUGCUUGCUCUUCAUGGGGAACUUUACUAUCUGCACUAAUCACUUUCAUACUGGUUUGGAUUGUAUAUCGAACGAUCCAGUUCAGAUACUCUUCAUUAAGCAAGAUACCUGGGCCUCCAGGCCUACCGAUCAUUGGUGGAACAAGAGUCAAUGUUACAGGUCCACAGAACCUUAAACAUGUUCUCAUCACACACAGACAUAAAUAUGUCAAAACUAAAAACAUCAGAGCAUUCGUACCAAGUGUUGGCAAUGGACUUCUUACCUGUAGCCAUGACGAUCAUGUGCGCCAGUAUAAAAUGGUUUCUCCCGCCUUUAGUUACAGUAACUUAAAAGGAAUGGUUGCAGUGUUUCAACAGGUGGCACACAAUUUAGUCAAAACUUGGACUGAUAAGCUUUCUUCCUCACCAUCUGGAUUCUGUGACAUUGAAGCACAAAAAGACCUUAACCACUGUACCUUGGAUAUCAUUGGAAAGUGUGCUUUUGGUUAUGACUUUGAUUCAGUCUUUUCAGGAGACAAUCAGUUAGCCAAAGCAUUUACCUCCAUUAUACAAGUCACUAACUUCAGCCAUCUUCUCCUCAUGAAACUAUUUCCUUUUUACAAGUACUUUUACACUGAAAGUAAAAAUGCAAUGAAAAUCACAGAUGAAAUAGUUUUAGAGGUUAUCCAUAAAAAAAUGAAUUCGACCAAAUCACAAACCAAAAAGAAGGAUUUAUUGGAUCGUCUUCUUGAACACUAUGAUGGUGCAAGUAAAAAAGAUGUGGAAGAAAUGAGAAGCCAAGUCUUUACAUUUCUCUUAGCUGGCCAUGAAACAUCAAGUGUUGCUUUAGCUUGGACUCUGUACGAGCUUUCAAAAAAUCCAGAAAUUCAAACAAGAGCCAGAGAAGAAGUUUUUGCUGUACUUGGAAAAGAUUUAAACAUAGAAUGGAGCAAACUUGAUGAGCUUAAAUUUCUUGGUAACAUUGUCAAGGAAUCCUUAAGGCUACAUUCACCAGUAUAUCAUGUGGUUAGACAGGCAAUAGAAGAUGAUGUUAUCGAUGGGUAUCUGAUACCAAAGGGUACGACAGUAGCUGUAGGUAUACAGACUACGCAUAUUUUGCCCAAGUACUGGAAAGAUCCAGACAUCUUCAUACCAGAUAGAUUCCAAGAAAAUGAUGGUCAGCCAUCCAAUAUUCCCAAUAUCUUUCUACCAUUUUCCAUUGGUCCACGAUCCUGCAUUGGAAACAAGUUUGCCUUGGCUGAGAUCAAGACAGUACUUGCCACUCUUCUGAAGAACUUUGUGUUCACAGAGUGUUCUGGUAUGGAGUUCAAGCCAGUGAUACAGAUAACAGUGCGACCAAACCCUUCACUGCAUCUUCUCAUUUCCAAAAUAAAAGGCUAAAACUAUAAACAAAUCUGUAACUAGCUGUAACUAACGUAGUAAAUUUACCUAAACUAUUGACAAGAGAGAGAGAGAGAUCAAACUAUGCAAUAAAGGUUUUGAACCAUCAUGUGCCAAACCCAAAAUACAGCUUGGGCUGACUGUGGUUUGAUGGCAGAACAAGAUGGCUGAACAGAUGGCUCUGGGAAAUUGAAUUCUUAUGUAAAAUGAUCAUAUUGUUUCUGCCAUCUAAUAUGGCUGCCAUCACGUGAUGGUGCAAAGCCUCUAUUGUCAUGCAGUGUAAUUUGAGGAAGGGUAAAUGCUCAUACAGUAGUACUACAGUUAUCACUCACCCAUUUUCAUAAGUACAUGACCAACACAGCACCAAACCUCAGGUUUUUGAUUGACAGGAGCCAAAAAUCCAGACCUCAACUUUAGAAUCAUAGCUUGUUGCAGGUUGCCUAAGCUCCUUGUCAGGGUUGUGUAAUUAUAAAUAUAGUCAGGUUAAUCAAACCAAGAGCAUUUUUGGGAGGUCCUAGCUAGUGUGCCAGUGAACUCCCUUUCCAAUGUUAGUUUUUGUCUUAGUUGAGUGUUUUGUUUGGUGGGGAUCAGAGACCCAGCACCCAAACCACUGCAUAUGGGGAAAUUCUGGAUAUUAUAUGUUCCUGCAAACCUUCCUCUCAGUAAAACAUGCAUGAAGGAUAUGUAUGGUAUGCAUUACAUAAUUUUGAGCUCAUUUGUAAACAAACUCCAAGGGAGCAUUCAGACAAUAUUUUUUGAAGACAAAGAGGUAGAAUUUUCAGAAAUGAGAGAAGUUUAAGUCUAAACGACCUGUAUCAUUCGAACAGAAUAUUUAGACUUUUUGAGUACAAAACAUUUUGGAUAUUUAUAUGAAUUUAACGUUUUCCAUCCAAAUAUAUGCUUUCCUUUUUCUAUAAAAACCAUAUCUGCAAAACGACGCGCCUAGCGAAACCUUUCAUAACUCCAUUGCUUAUAAGGUUUUUACAAUAUCAAGCAAAAAUUGCCGGAAUAAAUGAAUAAAUUCAUGGAAUAAAAGUCUUUAAAUUUCA